CACCCUGUCAUUGGCUGCAGCAGUCAGGUGACGUGGGUGUCAUCGAUGGCAACCCCUCAAGCGCUGGCCACGUCUACUGCCAGGAGGCAGUGUUCACUCAGAGACAUGUUCACCAGGACAAUGAGCAGAAUACAGGUCACUAUAGUUGUCAAACUCCGGUACAAUCAAACGUCGUCUCUGCCUCACCCCUUCACCUAUCCUCUCUUCCAUCCCAGCCCCCCCAGUGGACUGCCACAGCAUGGAGCAGCACCCCUAGUGGUGUUUAGAGGUAUCCCCUUCCUUAGUCCGCUCCAGUCUCGUAGAGGAGGAGGAGGGCAGAGGGGAGUGGAGCGGAUUGGGAGAGGGCUCCACUACACCCCUCGACCUAUGCUGAAUCCCCAACGCAGGGGAACGGGGCUCCUCUCCUCCCUCAUCCCACCUUCAGCUGGGGAACGAGGGAUGGGAAGGAUGACUGAAGAGGAGAAGGGAUAUGUUUUACUUCCGUGUAUCAACGUGGGUCGAGGGUUCCAGGCUGAGCUGCCAUGUUGUCGAGAGAGGGAGGAGGGGUCAGGGGCGUGGCCAGAAGAAUCAUCAUCCAAUGAAAAGUUGCUCUGGAAACCAUGGGAGGAGCUUCAGAGGAGUUCUGUAAUUCAGAAAGAAGUGGAGGCGGUGUUGUCGUUGUGUAAUUCUAGCUGUCUACCAGGAGGGGGCAGCAACACAGAACUGGCUCUACACUGUCUCUACCUCUGUCAUGGAGAUGCACUGGCCACGUUGGAGAGAUUGUUCUCCUCGAACCCAUCAACAGCAGUAGACUACCAUUACGCUGGUAGUGAUGUGUGGCAGCAGACUGAGAGGUCUCUGUUCAGUAAAGCGUUGACGACCCACGGCAAAGACUUCUCUCUCAUCCAACAAAUGGUGCAGACUAAGUGUGUGUCUCAGUGUGUGGAGUUCUACUAUCUCUCCAGGAAACUUCCUGACAAACAGAGAAAACAGAGGGAGCAGGAAGGAGGGACGGAGGAACAGACGAGUGUGGUGUCCCUCCCUAAACCUAUGGAACAGGUGGUACCAGCCCCGUCAUUGGCUACCAGCUUCCCCUGUAAGCAGUGUGGAAAGAUGUUCUAUAAGAUAAAGAGUCGUAACGCCCAUAUGAAGAUCCAUAGGCAGCAGCAGGAUGACUGGAGACACCCCCCAGGCCUCGUCAUCAACCUAGCCCAGAACGUCACCCCCAACCUGGGAACCAAUCUACCCCAGCUCCAGGCUUCAGGUCGGGCCUACCUCCCAGGUCCCAUCAACAACAACAACCACCACACUGGUGGCGCUCACACCACCAUCAUCACCAACAACAACAUCAGUGAUCCAAACAUUCCAAACACCAAUUCCAUGACCAAUAGCAACAGUGUCAGUGUCAUCGACUCCACCCCUAAUCAGAGAGGACACGCCCCCCUCCUCUCUGUCCAGCAAUCGUGGGACUUUUUUCAGUUUAACUAUAAUCCUGCUGCAGGGUUCUAAUAUGACCCGGAAGUGAAAGGAGCCCUGGGGGUCACGGUGGGAGGGGUGAAAGGUCAAGUCCUCUGGCAGUAGAGUUCUGGAAUCAAAAUGAAUAGAACUGACAUGUAUAGGACUACAUUCACAUUCUGCACCAUGAAAAGCAUUUAAAAUAUAUA